UAUCGAAGGCGUAAACUCAGUUUUUUUUAAAGGACACUAAAAUACAAUUGUAGGUAUUAACGAUAAAUAGAAAAAAUAUCAAAGAGCAUAUUUUCGUCACUUAUCAUUCCUAUGCUUAACCAUUAAUUCGAUGAUUGACUGAUAACAGUGGCUGUCCGAUCGUUCAUUGGUUCACAGUUAUCAUGCUUUAAUUCUGGUAUUUAUUCUGGCUAAUGGAUCACGAGCACAUCCUACGCUUUGUCUCUGCGCGUCAAAAAAACAAUUAUCCGGGAGGAAUACUUUGCUUCGAAGGAAAGACUUGAUAGCAAUGUUAAAUUACUUUUCACGUGUCACACCUUUUUUUAGCAAAACCCUGAUUGCUAAUGUAAUCAACUGAUAUCAAUUACAAACUAGAAGAUUUAAACAAAUGAUUCGGUAUCUGUCUUUUGUUAAAUAAAAUAUCUAAUCCAGACGACAGUUUAUGUAAUUAAACAUCAGCUACCUAGACGGUAAGUAUCAAAAAAGGUGGAAAAAAAAAUAUAUUUCAUUAAUUUGAAAUGAUUUUAUGUCUAUUAAAUAUCUAUCCUUUGUUACGAAAUUUAUAUAUACUUUUAUCUCGAUGCAUAGCUAUACGGUACAUUUAAUCAUAUAUAUACAAUCAUCUAAAAACGUGUUAAAAAUAUACCUCAACAUAUACACCACUUUUCGCCGUUCUACAUUAAAUUAUUGCAUCACUGCGCAGCAGAGUAAACGACACACGGUUGCAUGCUAAUUGAAGACGGAAUUAAAUGCCUCGUUGCAUCCGCCGUUUCGUCAGUGCACGUCGAGAUUCCGCUGUCAAAUCGCAGGAGCAGCUAGCAUAAAAAAGAGAGGCAUUCAGUGCAGCUACAUAACCUAAUAGACUAGUAAUUCCUUAACGCAUCAAACCCAUUGAUCCGGCAGUCACGGUAAACCGCAUCACUCCAUUUAAUCGCAUCCUAAAUUCGCACAUGGCAACAAAACCACAAGCGCACGUGAAGAAAAUCGUAAACAUACCCGAGGCACUAACACAUAACCUAAAUCACCCACACAUCCAUUCGGGGCACACGGUUCUAUUCCGAUAAACAAUAAGAUGCCCUGUUGAGCGCUACCGGAGCUUCGGGUGGUUGCCGCCGGAUCAAAGGGGGUCGCCACCGGCGCCUCAGUUCGGUCCGCUGUCGUCGGGUCGGCCGUCUCGGCCAAUGGCGCGUCCCUCUCCCGGCACCAAGGGAAUCACGAUCACCUCGUCAAGGUCGAUUUCGUUGCCACCACCUGAAUCAUUUCCCCCACUCUACCCUCCAAGAGACCCGGAGUAUCCCUCUCCCGCGAGUGCAAGCGAGACGCACUUAUACGGAAUCCCAUGCGGGUUUCCCUCCCCACCCCCCCUGCACCCCCCGCUCGAGUACCCGCCUACUUCUGCCUCUCUCCAUCUUUCCAUACUUUCCCCUGGCGCCGAGGCUCGCGGCCAACCAACGACGCUCUCUCGACCCCGCCGACGUCCAGUAGACUCGGCCAUUUCUCUCCCGCGGUCUAGCGUCUCGUUCGCUCGGCGAGUUUUUUCCACCUGGCGUGCGGGUCCUCCCGGAAGAUUGACAAAAUAACGCGACGGAAAAGGAUGAUACACUCCGGGCGCACCAGGCUCGAGCUAACAUGGGUAUUUCAUGACGAUGAAGCACAAAUCAACAAGAAACUACCGAAGGAGCUGCUGCUCAGGAUAAUGUCCUAUCUGGACGUUGUCUCGUUAUGCCGGUGCGCCCAAGUAAGCAAAGCAUGGAACGUACUGGCCCUCGACGGUUCAAACUGGCAAAGAAUCGACCUCUUCGACUUCCAGCGCGACGUCGAGGGCCCGGUAAUAGAAAAUAUCUCGCGACGAUGCGGCGGAUUCUUAAGGCAACUCUCCCUCAGGGGUUGUCAGAGCAUCGGGAACAACUCGAUGCGCACCCUGGCGCAGUCCUGCCCGAACAUCGAGGACCUUAACCUGCGCCAGUGCAAGAAGAUCUCAGACGCCACCUGCGCCGCCCUGAGCAGCCACUGCCCGAAACUGCAGCGACUCAACCUGGACUCCUGCCCCGAGGUGACGGACCUCUCCCUGAAGAGCCUCUCGGACGGGUGUCCCCUGUUGACGCACAUCAAUCUCUCCUGGUGCGAGCUCAUCACCGACAACGGCGUCGAGGCCCUGGCCAGGGGCUGCCCCGAGCUCAGGAGCUUCCUCAGCAAGGGCUGUCGCCAGCUCACCGACAGGGCCGUCAAGUGCCUCGCUCGUUACUGCCCCAACCUCGAGGCCAUCAACCUCCACGAGUGCAGAAACAUUACGGAUGACGCUGUGCGGGAAUUGAGCGAGCGUUGUCCUAGACUGCACUAUGUGUGCCUCUCGAACUGCCCCAAUUUGACGGAUGCAUCUUUAUGCACGUUAGCUCAACACUGUCCCCUUCUGAGUGUCCUAGAGUGUGUAGCAUGUACGCAUUUCACGGACGCUGGUUUCCAAGCCCUCGCCAGAAAUUGUAGACUGCUGGAGAAAAUGGACUUGGAGGAGUGUGUACUGAUAACGGACGCCACACUGAUACACCUGGCCAUGGGCUGUCCAAGGUUAGAGAAACUAAGCCUAUCGCAUUGCGAGCUGAUAACGGACGAGGGUAUCAGGCAGCUGGCCCUGUCGCCCUGCGCCUCGGAGCACCUGGCCGUUCUGGAGCUGGACAACUGUCCCCUGAUAACGGACGCUAGUCUGGACCACCUGUUGCAGGCUUGUCACAAUCUUCAGCGCAUCGAGCUCUACGAUUGCCAACUGAUCACCCGAGCCGGCAUACGCAGGCUUAGAACGCACCUGCCGAACAUCAAGGUCCACGCGUACUUCGCCCCGGUGACCCCGCCACCCAGUGCGGGGGCCUCGACGCAGCGCUACUGCCGGUGCUGCGUGAUCCUGUGAUCGGCCACCCUGAGCCGGGGAGCACGGUCGUCGACGAAGUGAAUCGUCGGUAAAAAAAAGUCGACUGCGGGUUAAGACAAACGAACGUGGCGGGCACGUUGCGAGCGCGAUCGCAAGAGAGGCCGUCGUCGGAGCCGCGGGUCGAGUCCGGGCCCGCCUCGGCUGGCACGGGGAGUGCCGACGUCAGCUGGCCCGUGUGAGAGCGGUGAAGAGGAAGUCGUCACGUCCGCAUCGGAGUCAUCCGAGUCAUCCGAGUCGUUCAAGUCAUCGGAACUCGUCGUCGGGGUCGUCGUCCGUUCGCCGCGGCUCGCCCUCGACGGAUAGGAAUGACCAGGCGAGUCUGACGAUGACGCCUCGUCGUCAUCCAAGUUAUCGUCGUCAUCGUCGUCAUCGUCGUCGGCGCGGAUCGAUCGACCCCUGGCGCAUUUACGUUGACACGGCCGAUGGCACGUGAAGCGAGAGUGUCGUCGGCGUGGUCGCCGUCGUCAUCGUCGUCGUCGUCAUCGUAGUCAUCGUAGUCGCCGUAGUCAUCGCCUGCGCGUGCACCGUGUCUUCGACGGAGUCAUCGCGCGACUCCUGGCGAAUGCUCGGAAAGGGCUGAUGCGUGCGUGAUAGUAGGAGAUAAGAGUCGUAAAUCGUCAUUGGGAGUAUUUGGUCGUCAUCGUUUUAAGCUCGACGCGGCCGAGACCGGACGGAGGGUCCGGUGCUGGUUAACUUUGGCACGGCGGUGACGCCUUGGAUGUGGUCGGGUCAUCCUUGGGGCCCGAUCGAUCGGUUUUAUUUGCACCUGACGUCGCGCGAGUAGUCAUCGAGUCGGCGACCUGGCCUGGAUGUUAACGUGCGAGUAGUCAUUGAGCGUCGCGGUUUGACCGAGUAAUUCCAACCCAGUCAAUGGUACGCGAGAAGUCAUUGGAACAUCGUCGCGAUCUAACCGAUCGGUUUCAUUUCAUCCAUCGACGCCGGAAGUCAUCGAGCUAGCGUCGCGAUUUGGCCGAUUAAUUCCAACUCGGUCGAUGAUACUCGAGAAGUCGUUUGGAUAUCGUCGCGACCUGCGCAAUCGGUUUCGCCGCAUCCAUUGAUACACGUGUCAUCUAGCUAGUGUCUCAAUUUGGCUGAUCGAAAUCAUCCACCCCAGUCGAUGAUGCGCGAGAAGUCAUUGGGUUAUCGUCGCUACCACUCGAUUCCAUCGCAUGUAUAGUCAUCGAGUCGAUGGUCCCGACCUCGAUUAAUCGUAUAAAACGAGCAAAAGUCAUCAAAGUCAGCGUCGCGAAAUCUCGCUAUCGCCCCGCGAACCGCCUAAAAGUCAUCGAAUCAGCGUCACGAUCUCGCUAUCGUCGCGCGAAACGCUCAGAGCAAUCGAGUCGACGUCGCGAUCUCGCUAUCGUCAUGCGGAACCUCCAACCGUCAUCGAAUCGACGUCGGGUCAGCGUCGCGACGUCGACAGCUGCUCUCAUCGACCCGCCGUACGUAUUGCCUAGCGUCGCGCCUAAUUGGUGUCAGGGACCUCGUUAGUAUCCGAGCUCGCCGCGGUGGCGCUGUAAUCGCGUACCGAUACACGCAAGGCACGGAGGAUCGCGUGCACAUCGCAAGCACAGAAGUGUACACACAACUCGUGCUCGCGUCACGGAGCAAAGAAGCAAGCGGGUUUUAUCGCGACCUCGUGUCCUUAUAAAGAGAUGUACCCUGUUUCUUCGCGAGACGUUGUUUAGUGAGGCGCCGCCAGGGGCGCGCUUAGCGUCGUCCCUUUUCCGGAAAUGCGGAUCUGGGCCGCGUUUCUCCCUCUUUCUCCCGAAACGUUCCGACAAGAGCGCCGACCUCGUCGAGCGCGACGAUCCGGGUACCGAGGAAGCGGACGGGACGAGAGGGCCGCCUCCUGGAGGGAGACGAGCGCGAGAGAGGAGAGGCGUUCUCCUCUCCGGGAAAGGGGAACACCGAGAAUGCGUGUAAUAAAUCGAUUUAACAAUCGA